AUGUCAGAUGCAGGGGAGUCCCCACUAGAAGAAGCAGAAGAAGAUGAAGAAACAGAACUGGAAGAAGAGUAUAACCAAUAUUAUAGAGAGGUGGAAAGUAUGCAACAGGAAUUAAAGGAAGAUGACAUAUUAGUACGGAAAGAGCCUCAGCAGGAAGAGGAGCAAGAGGAGGAGGAAGAGGAAGGAGAGGAAGGAGUGGAGGAGAAAGGGGGGGAGGGGGAGGAAGGGGGGGAGGGGAAGGAAGGAGGGGAGGGGGAGGCCAUCAGAGAAGAAACAGAGGAAAAGCCUGGAGCAGCACAGGAGGAGAGGGCUGCGAGACAGGAAGAAACCGCAGUGAAGCCUCCAGAAGUCACCAAGUCCAUGACCAGUUCGAAGAGACUUAUAUUGACUGAUUCCCAGUCAGUCAUGUCAGGAACUUCCCUCGUAAGUAGUAAUUUUAACAAGUCAAAGCAUGCAUUAGAAUCAGAGCAUUCGGAAACAAAUGAGCUUUUAAGAGACUUGAGCUCAGAACUAAGAUUUCUUGAUUUGGAUCAAACCCGUUCUGAGGAACAAGAUAUUAGUUUCCCUGAAACACAGUCCUCAAGCGAGCUCAGGGAGAAAAUCGACCAGAUGCCCCAAGAUGAAUUGGGACGAGAAAGGAGAGAAGAGAAAAGAUUAUCAUCCUUAAGUGACGAACAAGAGAAAGAAUUCCAGUCCAAAGCAGAGAUCCCGGAGAAAUCACUGGUGUCUACCAGCGAGGACAUUUUGUUUCAAAAGGAUGACAGUGCCAACGUGUAUCCUUUGACCAUGACUUGGUCUUUCGGAUGGAACAGUUCUCUUCCUGUUUACUAUAUUCGAGACGAAAACCAGAGAGUUCUUCUGUAUGUCUGUGCUCACACUGCGGUCAUCUACAAUGUUUUCAAGAAUACUCAGCACCAUCUUCAGGGCCACCCUAAUGUGAUCUCCUGCCUCUGCAUCAGUGAAGACAGGCGGUGGAUUGCCACGGCUGACAAAGGGCCCAACUGCCUGAUAAUUAUAUGGGACUCCUUCACAGGCAUUCCUGUGCACACAAUAUUUGACAGCUGCCCAGAAGGCAACGGCAUCGGGGCCAUGGCCAUCACCCGGGAUGCCAAGUAUCUGGCAACCAUCUCAGAUGCUGAAAUCCAGAAAGUUUGCAUCUGGAGGUGGACUUUAGCAGUGGAAAUGCCAGCGUGUACCCUCAGCCUUCCCAAAGAGUAUGGUGUUCAGAACUACCUUACUUUUAAUCCAACAAAUAAUAAAGAAUUGGUGAGCAAUAGUAAAACACAGGCAAUAUAUUACUUGUGGUAUGAAGAGGGAAAUAUACUUGCUCACAGUGCCCCACGUUUAACAGAAAAAACAUUCAACAAGCUUGUGGGAAAAUUUAGCCAGUCAGUCUUUCAUUUGAAUUUAACACAAAUACUCUCAGCAACAAUGGAAGGGAAGCUGGUUGUCUGGGACAUACAUCGCCCGCCAUCCUCUGCCUCCGCCUUGGUGGGCUCUCCUCACAUUAAACCUUGUAAAUUGGUUCAUUUGCAGAAAGAGGGCAUCACUGUGCUCACUGCAGUUGAUAGCUAUAUUGUCACAGGUGAUAUUAGAGGCAACAUUAAGUUCUACGAUCACACCCUGUCCAUUGUUAACUGGUACAGCAACUUCAAACUGAGCUCCAUAAGGACCCUGUCGUUUUCAAAGACCCCAGCAGCUCCGCCCACUGAAAAAUCAAACUAUCCUCCAGACUGCACUUUAAAAGGUGACCUUUUUAUUGUAAGGAAUCUUAUCAUUGGAACAUCUGAUGCAACAGUGUACCACUUAACGACAGAUGGGACCAAACUCGAGAAGUUAUUCGUGGAGCCCAAGGAUGCCAUUUGUGCCAUCUCCUGCCACCCAUACCAACCCCUUAUCGCCAUUGGGAGUUUCUGUGGGAUGAUCAAAGUGUGGGAUUAUGAAAAGAAAAAGUACCUUUUCAGCAGGGUCUUUGAGAAGGGGCUUGGCGUCCAGAGUCUAACCUACAAUCCUGAAGGAGCCCUUCUUGGAGUUGGCUUCACUGAGGGGACAGUUUACAUUCUUGAUGCAAUGUCCUUAGAAAACCAAAUCCCAGAGCCUUUCAAAUAUUCCAGAACCAGUGUGACUCAUAUCAGCUUCUCCCAUGACUCCCAGUACAUGGCAACUGCUGAUGUACACUUUACUGUGGCCGUUUACAUGGUGGUAGUCCAAAAUGGACACCGGGUUUGGGAAUAUCUGGCAAGGCUUCGUUCUCAUCGCAAAAGCAUCUGCAGUCUCCUGUUUGGGGUUCAUCUGGACAGCAAUGAGCCGAGACUGCUGAGCCUCGGGAGAGACAGGCUCUUGAUUGAAUAUAAUCUUCUCAGGAGCUACAGAGACAACCUGGAGGUCCUGGACAUUCACCGCACCGACCAGGGCAACUACCCCACCUGUAUGGUCUGGUACCCACCACUCACCAAGGAACUCUUUCUGCUCAUUUGCAACAGUGGCUACAAAGUGAAACUUUUUAAUUCUACUACCAAAAUGUGCAGAAAGACACUUCUUGGGCCGGUUUUUGGGUCUCCCAUUGAGCAGAUACAAAUCCUCCCAGUGAAAACCACCUUGGAACUGCAGAAACGCUACAUGGUGUUUAUUAACAGAGACAAGGUUGGACUUCAGAUCUUACCAGUUGAUGGCAAUCCACACAAGACAUCUGCUAUUAUAUGCCACCCCAACGGGGUGGCGGGAAUGGCCGUUUCCUAUGAUGGCUGCUAUGCCUUCACAGCUGGAGGACAGGAUCGAUCGGUGGUGCAGUGGGAGAUCAACUUAAGUGCUCUGGAGGCAGCAGUUUCUCUUGGGGGCGAAGACUUGACCCCAUUCUAUGGUCUGGUGCCUGGUGGCAGGGAAGGAAAAUUCUACAGGGAGCUGGAAGACUAUUUUUACUAUUCUCAGCUCCGUAGUCAAGGUAUUGAUACAAUGGAGACCAGAAAGGUGUCGGAACACAUUUGCCUGUCAGAGCUUCCUUUUGUCAUGAGAGCAAUUGGCUUUUACCCAUCGGAAGAAAAGAUUGAAGAUAUGUUUAACGAAAUCAGAUUUAGUGAGUAUGUGGACACUGGAAAGCUAAUUGACAAAAUCAACUUACCGGAUUUCUUCAAAGUUUACCUCAAUCACAGACCACCUUUCGGUAACACCAUGAGCGGCAUCCAGCAGAGCUUUGAUGUUCUUGGUUUUACCAAUUCAAAAGGAAAGAAGGCCAUACGAAGAGAAGAUUUCCUGAAACUGCUUCUAACGAAAGGUGAGCACAUGACCAAAGAGGAGAUGGGCGACUGCUUUGCUACCCUGUUUGGACUGAAUCCUGAGGGGUGGAGAUCCGAGCCAGCGGCCUCCUCUGUCGCAGGUUCAGAAAUCUGCUUUGAAGAAGAACUUCCAGACGAAAUCACUGCAGAAAUAUUCACGACAGACAUUCUUGGCCUAACCAUUUCACAAGAUUUCAGACAAGAUCCUAUGGUCAGCGAAGUUGUCACAAUGCGUACUUACCAGUGCCCAGGUGAGAGGCACCAGGCCCGGAAGGAUCACCGGCCACUGCCGGUCCUGCUGCUGUUCUUGGUGGUUUGCAAUGACCAGUGGAAUGCGCCCCCUCCACGGCCGCCCGCCCCGCCCCGCCGGCGCGCCCUCCCUGGGGGACCCCGCGGCACCUGCGGCCUCCGAGUGAGUGUCCUCGCGCCCCGCCGCCCACCCCCCCCCCCCCGCGCGCCGGGAGUCGGGGGUCACCGGACGCCCCCGGACGCCUCCCGGGGGAGCGGGGAGUCGCGGGGGGUCGCGGGCGCCUCGCUGGGCGGGCGGGGGCGGCUCGCGGCGCUGGCCGGCGACGGCGGCGGCGGCGGCGGCGCCGGCGCCCGGAGGCCGCACUACUGGCGGCCGCGGCGGCGCUGCUCCCCCUGCUCGGUGCAGCUGGCGCCCGGCGCUUGCGCACUGGGCCCCGAGCGCGCGGCGGCUCCGGCUUUGUGUGUAUGUGUGUGA